AGAGCACUCUGUGUCUGUGCUUCCCUUCAUUUUCCACCCCAACAUGUUGGCAGGGGGAGACAGGGAAGGAUGCUGCGCUCUACUUUUCGUGCGUUCUUGCCACCUCUCCAGCCAGCGCACACUGCCUCUGACUCAGCCUCAGCUCUCAGUUGUCUCCGGCUGAAGGACUUGAGAGACGGGGCAGAGGAAGAACCGAAGAACAAACUGGAGCUCAGGAGUUCUCAGUCCAGGGUCCUCAACAGGAACAACAGCACAAGAACAGAACAGAACAGCAAAUGCUCUUCUUCUGUAGUGGAAACUACUAAUACCUCAGCAGUAACCACCUCUUCUGGUUUCCCUCCCUCGUUUUCAUCCCUCUCGGCUCCAAGAUCUAUGUGGCAAGAAGCAAUGAGGAGAAAGUGGUACCUUCUUGACCGGGCAGGGGUGUCUGGUGAAGUGGAUAAAGGAGGAGGAGGAGGAGGUGAAGAGAGGAGGAGAAGAUCCCCAGACUGGCUUUAUGAAUCCUACUACUGUAUGAGCCAGCAGCAUCCUCUCAUUGUGUUUUUGCUCCUCAUAGUGAUGGGAGCCUGCCUGGCUCUGCUGACUGUGUUCUUUGCUUCAGGGCUGAACAUUGCAGACCAUGUGGCCUUUGUCAUCACUGUGCCCACAGCACUGGCUAUAUUCUUGGCAGUAUUUGUACUUGUCUGCAUUGAGUCCAUCUUCAAGAGGCUUUUGCGUGUUUUUUCCUUGGUCAUCUGGGCCUGUUUGGUUGCGAUGGGCUACCUUUUUAUGUUUACUGGAGGAAUCGUUUGUCCAUGGGAUCAGGUGUCUUUCUUUCUCUUCAUUGUAUUCGUGGUUUACACCAUGUUGCCGUUCUCUAUGCGGGAAGCCAUCAUUGCCAGUGUUCUGACCUCUGCCUCUCACACCAUUGUGUUGAGUGUUUGCCUAUCUACAACAGCUAAUCACAUGGAGGCAGUCGCUUGGCAGAUUUUGGCCAAUGUUAUCAUUUUUGUGUGUGGCAACAUGGCUGGGGCAUACCACAAGCACCUCAUGGAGCUGGCACUUAAACAAACCUACCAAGACACCUGCAACUGCAUCAAGUCUCCAAUCAAACUGGAGUUUGAGAAAAGACAACAGGAACGUCUUCUGUUGUCUUUGCUGCCAGCUCACAUUGCCCGUGUGAUGAAAGCUGAGAUCAUACAAAGACUGAAAGGACCAAACUUUGGCCAGAUUGAGAACACAAACAAUUUUCACAACCUCUAUGUCCAAAGACAUACUAAUGUCAGUAUACUUUAUGCAGAUAUAGUUGGAUUCACACGACUGGCCAGUGACUGUUCACCUGGAGAACUGGUCUACAUGCUGAACGAACUGUUCGGUAAAUUUGAUCAAAUUGCUAAGGAAAAUGAAUGUAUGCGGAUCAAAAUCCUUGGUGACUGUUACUAUUGUGUGUCUGGGCUCCCAGAGUCUCUGCCAAACCAUGCUAAAAACUGUGUAAAAAUGGGACUGGAUAUGUGUGAGGCCAUCAAGAAAGUACGAGAUGCUACAUGUGUGGAUAUUAACAUGCGAGUAGGUGUACAUUCUGGGAAUGUCCUGUGUGGCGUUAUUGGACUUCAGAAAUGGCAGUAUGAUGUUUGGUCACAUGAUGUCACUUUGGCCAACCACAUGGAAGCAGGUGGUGUACCAGGGCGAGUCCACAUUUCAUCAGUAACCUUGGAGCACCUGAAUGGUGCCUACAAGGUGGAGCAUGGGGAUGGACAAGAAAGAGAUCCUUACCUGAAGGAACAUGGGGUCAUUACUUAUCUGGUUAUUAAUCCAAAGGUUGAGCGUCGGAGCCCACAGCAUCAUUACCGACCCAGACACACACAUGAUGGAGCAAAGAUGAGAGCCUCAGUCAGAAUGACCCGCUACCUGGAAUCAUGGGGAGCAGCCAAGCCCUUUGCCAACUUACAUCACAGAGACAGCAUGACUAAUGAAAAUGGCAAGAUCAGCACAACUGAUGUUCCAAUGGGACAGUAUCACUUUCAGAGAAGAUCAGAAAGGACAAAGUCUCAGAAGAAACGGUUUGAAGAAGAAUUCAAUGAGAGGAUCAUCAGGACGUUUGAUGGAAUAAAUUCACAAAAGUAUUCUGCUUCCAGACAGUGGCUCAAGUCUGAGGACAUUCAAAGAAUAUCACUGUUUUUUCAUAACACAUCUUUGGAGAAAGAGUACAGAGCAACAACCUUGCCAGCCUUCAAAUACUAUAUCACCUGCGCCUGUUCGAUUUUUUUCUGCAUUUUUAUUGUGCAGAUUCUGGUCCUGCCAAAGACAGCUGCUUUGGGAAUAUCCUUUGGAAUGGCCUUUCUCAUCUUGUCUUUAAUACUCUUCAUAUGUUUCAUUGGACACUUCCUGCACUUCAGUAAAAGUGCAUCUACUUCUUGGAUGUGGCUGCUGAGGUCAUCAGUUAUUAUUGCCAACAAGCCAUGGCCCCGCAUCACACUCACCAUGACAACCACGGCUCUAAUACUCAUAAUGGCAGUCUUCAACAUGUUCUUUUUGGAAGACAUCGUGUCGCCUUCAUUUCCUCUUUAUAAUUCAUCCAAUGAAACACUGCUUCACCAUCAUGGACAACAAAUCACCUUCACUGGCAAAAACAAUUUCUAUCUUCCUUAUUUAAUUUAUAGUUGUAUCCUGGGCCUCAUCUCUUGCUCAGUGUUUCUAAGGAUAAACUAUGAGCUGAAGAUGGUCAUAAUGUUGACAGCAGUGGUGAUCUACAACAUCAUUAUUCUACAAACACAUUCUUCUCUGCUGGAUGAAUACAGCAGAUUUCUAUACCAGACCGAGAGCCUGGACAGACCAGGAGUUCUCAAGGACCUGAAAACCAUGGGUUCCAUAUCUCUCUUUAUCUUUUUCAUCACUCUGCUUGUUCUUGCCAGACAGAAUGAAUAUUACUGUAGGUUAGACUUUCUGUGGAAGAACAAGUUCAAGAAGGAGUGUGAGGAGAUUGAAACCAUGGAAAACCUCAACCGGGUUUUGCUGGAAAACGUCCUUCCUGCACAUGUUGCAGAACACUUUUUGGCUCGCAACUGGAAAAAUGAGGAUCUGUACCAUCAGUCCUAUGACGUGGUGUGCGUCAUGUUUGCUUCUAUCCCAGACUUUAAAGAGUUCUACACUGAAUCAGAUGUCAACAAGGAGGGAUUAGAGUGCCUCAGGCUUCUCAACGAAAUCAUUGCUGACUUUGAUGAGCUUCUUUCCAAACCUAAAUUCAGUGGUGUUGAGAAGAUCAAAACAAUUGGAAGUACUUAUAUGGCUGCUACUGGACUGAACACAUCGUCUGGAACCGAGUACACGACCCAGGAGCAUGACAGGCAGUAUAUGCACAUAGGAACCAUGGUGGAGUUUGCGUUUGCUUUGGUGGGAAAGUUGGAUGUUAUCAACAAACACUCCUUCAAUGACUUCAAGCUCAGAGUUGGUAUUAACCAUGGCCCAGUGAUAGCUGGAGUCAUUGGAGCUCAGAAACCACAGUAUGAUAUUUGGGGAAACACAGUAAAUGUAGCCAGCAGAAUGGAAAGCACUGGAGUCCUGGGAAAAAUACAGGUGACAGAGGAAACCAGUUUCAUCCUCCUGACUCUGGGCUACAUGUGCUCCUGCAGAGGCAUCAUCAACGUCAAAGGCAAAGGAGAACUCAAGACCUUCUUUGUGCACACGGAGAUGACUCGCUCGCUGUCCCAGGGGAAUGUAAUGCCAUAAGACUGCUUCAACAUCAUCUUUAUUUACACAGGCACAACAAACAGACCUGAGACCAAGAAGCUUUCAUCUUAUUGCUGUUGGAACAGAAAGACGUGUGACCCGAGGAGGAGUCAGAUCUGAACUGUGAACAGAGUUUAUUUUUACUUUGAAGCAAUGCCACAGCUGUUGUAUACGUUUAGUUACUUACAGCGAGGACCACAGCACUGAAAACAUCCAGUUAUUUGAACAUUAGAUGGAGUGAUUCAGCUCAGUGAGACAGAAGAAUCUCAAAUUCUGUAUUCUUUCUCACAAUCACCCCGCCUUCUCAAAACCAAUCGUUACACUUUGGUUACAAAACAACAUUCAGAAGAAAAUCAAGAGCAAUUUGCAUAAAAACUAUUUAAAGUCGCGUGUCUACAGUGAUUUUCAAAGCUACACUGUGUCACUGGUGUUUAUAAAUGUCAGAAAUUGUGUGCUCCCUAAGAAGAAUAUUUUAAAACAGCUGAUAUUUAAAUAGAGAAAACAGAAGACCCUUAUCUUGGAAAGAUACUUGUUAAGAAACAAGCUGUCAACAGCAUGCCUUCCUAAACAUUGGAUUUACAAAAUGGUUUUAAAGUUUAUACUUUAAUCUGUUUGCUCUGAAGUGAUUAAAUGUUUAUCAGGUUGUCGAUGCCCGCUGACAGCUGAAAAUAUGAAGGCAGAUGCAUAAUGGUGGCGUGUGUAAAAAAAAAAAUCAGACAUUUUUAAACAUUUAAUUUCAGGCCAGAUGUAAGUCGAAUUACAUUUAGAGACAGUAAAGUUGACAGGAAAGCUAUUUUUAAAUCUACACAGAUAUCUCAAUUUUGAACACCAUGCUCAGUUUUCUUACUAAGCUGUCCUGUCAGUUACAGCAGUAUAAGAUCUGUAAAAUAAUCUAAUCCGCUGGUUAUAUAUCAGUAUAGUGAGCCCAAUAGAACUACGUAUAAUUCUGAAACAAAUUUGUGCAUCAAUGUGCCUUCAGAAACCUGUUGACGAGCUGUUGUGCAUCCAGCCUCUGGUGUCUGUCAUUUCAGUGUGAGCCAAACGCAUUUCUAUCAUUUAAAAAGGAAAACACCGGACAGAUGAUUUUAAUGUAAAUAAUUAGUUUUGGGUAGUUAGAGCCUGAUUGUUGUACAGGGUAGCUUUACUGUGUAUGCUAGAACUGGUUUUGUAAGAAAAGAAAAUGCUACCAAAAA